GCCUGGUGAUGGGCUUUUGUGCCUUUUUCCUGUAUCUACUCUCUCUCUCUCUCUCUCUCUCCUGAAAAACAAGCCGACGCACGCAAUCGGAAGACGAUCAAUCUGCCCUAGAAACGGCGCGACGGACUCGAAGAUCACCAGUCCCGUGACGGCGGCGUACUCGCCGGACUCCAAUUGACUUGCUCCGCUGUGUGUAAUUACUUAACAGGUGAUGUCCGCCUAAAGCUUGGGAUCGAGGUUCGUGCAUUUUUAUCCUGCCUGUGCUCUCUCCACUCGCUGUCCUGAAAAGAAGCCGAAGCACGCAACUGGAAGACGGGAGCGCAUCUACACCUAUCUGCCCUAAAAAUGAUGCGGAUGAUUAUGGUGAUAGCGAUGGAUACAAAGAUCACCCACCUGUGACUAUGUCCUCACUGAAUUCUGAGUAACUUGCUGCUGUUGGUUAAGAUCCUAGAUGAUGUUUUGAAGGGCUAUUUUGUGGUCAUUACUGCUAAAACAAGUAAUGGAGGAAAACCAUGAGGAAGUGGAUGAUGUUGAGAGUGCUUCUAGUGAUCCUUCUACCAGUGACUUUGAUGAUAAUGGGCCUUCAAUAUCUUCCGAAGAUGAUGGAUUGCAUCAUGAGGCACAUUUGACUGAGGAAGAAAUUGAAGAGCUUAUUGCUGAACUUUUGCAAGUUGAGGGCAAGGCUGCAGAGGCACAAGAAUCACUUGAAGAUGAGUCACUAGCUAAAGUGGAGACUGAAGUUCGGCAAGAAUUGGCACAAUCUCUUCAUGGAGACGAUCUUGAGAAGGCGGUUGCUGAUGAAAUGGCCACUUUCAGAGAAGAGUGGGAAGCUGUGCUUGAUGAGCUCGAGACAGAAAGUGCUCACUUGUUGGAACAACUUGAUGGUGCUGGUGUUGAACUGCCAAGCCUCUAUAAGUGGAUAGAAAGUCAGGCUCCUGAUGGUUGCUCUACUGAAGCCUGGAAAAAAAGGACACACUGGGUAGGAUAUCAGGUCACUAGUGAUGUGAGUGACUGUGUGUUGCAUGCUGAAAAGUAUCUUGAGACCCACAGACCUGUGAGAAGGCGACAUGGUAAAGUAUUGGAGGAGGGUGCCAGUGGUUAUCUGGGAAAGAAACUUUCUGCUGAUGGAGGUGGGGAAGCUAUAAUCGAAAAUUCUGAUGCUGAUUGGUGCUCUUUCAACAAACUAGUUUCUGGUCGUGCAUCUGAGAAUAGUACUGCAUUUGGCAGCAAGAACUGGUCUACUGUUUACUUGGCUAGUACUCCUCAGCAAGCUGCAGAAUUGGGCCUCAAAUUUCCUGGAGUUGAUGAGGUGGAGGAGAUUGAUGACAUUGAUGUCAAUUCAAGUGAUCCAUUUGUUGCAGAUGCUAUAGCUAAUGAAAGAGAACUGAGUCUUUCUGAAACACAAAAGAAAAAUUUUAGAAAGGUUAAAGAGGAAGAUGAUGCAAAUAUUGAUAGGAAACUUCAGCUUCGUUUGAAGCACAGGAGACAGCAAAACAAAUUCAAACAGGAGGCUGUUCAGGGAGAAAUCUCUUCAGUUGAUAAGCUAAUGGAAGAAAAUUUAGACAGUUUGCUGCCUUUGGACAUACAUUCCAAUGCUGUGUUGGUUGAGGAAACUGAUGGGGGUAGCAAAAGUGCAGUUAAAAAUAACAAGACUGAUAUAGAAUGUCAUGAUUUGAGAGACAAUGUGGAUGAAAGAACAUCCGUGAGUAAUGAUACUUCUUUGGUGUCUUCUGAGUCUUCCUUACCUGAUCAUAUUGAAACCAGUGGGUCCAAGCGUUCUCAUGACAGUGUCGAACUGGACAUUAAUAAUAAGAAGGCUCGCAUAGUUACUAUUGAUAGUGAUGAUGAAGCUUGUGGUUUGGAGGAAAAAUCUCCUAGUUGUGAUGUGCCCGUGAUGGAGAAUAAAUUUGUUUUGCAAAGUGAACAAGAUAAUUCUGUUUGUCCUAAUUCUAUGCCCUCCCAGAGUUUGGGUGAGAAUUUUCACUGCACUGCUUGUGAUAAUGUGGCUGCUGAAGUCCAGUCCCAUCCUCUUUUAAACGUAAUUGUCUGCAGGGACUGCAAACAUUUAGUUGAAGUGAAGAUGCAUGCAAAGGAUCUUGAUUGCUCAGAGUGCUAUUGUGCAUGGUGUGGAGGAAACAAGGACUUGAUAAGUUGUAGGUCAUGUGAAUUGUUAUUCUGUGUUGCAUGCAUGAGGAGGAAUUUUGGUGAAGCAUGUCUGUUGAAAGCCAAGGUUUCUGGAUGGGAAUGUUGUUGCUGCUCACCAAGUAUCCUGCAGCCAUUGACUACACAGUUAGAGAAAGCCCUUGGAUCUGUAGAUUCUCCAAGUUCCAGCUCUGACAGUGAUUCUGAUAAUUCUGAUGGAGAUAUAAGUGUUUCCAUCAGUUCCAGAAGAAAACGAAAAAAGAAAAUCCGAAGAAUCCUUGAUGAUGCUGAGUUAGGGGAAGAGACAAAAAGGAAAAUAGCAAUCGAAAAGGAACGCCAAGAACGUCUCAAGUGUUUGGAAGCACAAUUUUCGCGGAAGUCUGUGCUUAUGAGUUCAACAAUCUCUGAUGGCAAUUUAUCUGAAGGUGCUAGUGUUGAAGUUCUGGGUGAUGCUUUAACUGGUUAUAUAGUAAAUGUUGUUAGGGAGAAAGGUGAAGAGGCUGUUAGGAUUCCUCCCAGCAUCUCAGCCAAAUUAAAAGCUCAUCAGAUUACUGGAAUACGAUUUAUGUGGGAGAAUAUCAUACAAUCAAUUACAAAAGUGAAGUCCGGGGAUAAAGGUCUUGGUUGUAUCCUAGCUCAUACCAUGGGCCUUGGUAAAACUUUUCAGGUCAUAGCUUUCUUGUAUAGUGCCAUGAGAAGUGUGGAUUUAGGAUUAAGAACUGCACUUAUUGUGACCCCUGUAAGUGUCCUGCACAACUGGAGGCAAGAGUUCAUGAAAUGGAGGCCUUCAGAGUUAAAACCCAUUCGUGUCUUCAUGCUGGAAGAUGUUUCAAGGGAGAGAAGAGCUGACUUGCUUGCAAAGUGGAGAUCAAAAGGCGGUGUGUUUUUGAUUGGUUAUACUGCUUUCCGGAAUCUAUCCCUUGGAAAGCAUGCAAAGGAUCGGCAAAUGGCCAGAGACAUUUCAUAUGCCCUGCAGGAUGGACCUGAUAUACUGGUUUGUGAUGAGGCCCAUAUGAUCAAGAACACCAGGGCUGAUGUAACCCAAGCAUUGAAACAAGUAAAAUGUCAACGAAGGAUUGCUCUGACUGGAUCACCUCUGCAGAACAACCUCAUGGAAUAUUAUUGCAUGGUAGAUUUUGUCAGAGAAGGAUUUCUUGGUAGCAGCCAUGAGUUUAGAAACCGCUUCCAAAAUCCCAUAGAGAAUGGGCAGCACACGAAUUCCACAUUGGAAGAUGUGAAAAUUAUGAACCAAAGAUCUCAUAUCCUCUAUGAACAGUUGAAAGGAUUUGUCCAGAGAAUGGACAUGAAUGUGGUGAAGAAGGACUUGCCCCCCAAAACAGUGUUUGUAAUAGCUGUAAAGCUUUCUCCCUUGCAAAGAAAGUUGUACAAGCGAUUCCUUGAUGUCCAUGGCUUCACUACUGAGGUUACGAGUGAAAAGAUUCGGAAGAGGUGUUUUUUUGCGGGGUACCAGGCCUUGGCUCAGAUAUGGAACCAUCCUGGGAUUUUGCAGUUGAUGAGAGAAGACAAAGAGUAUGUGAAACGUGAAGAUGCUAUUGAGAAUUUUCUUGUAGAAGACAGCUCCAGUGAUGAGAAUGUAGAUUGCAAUAUGAUUACAGGAGGGAAGACAAGGAACAACAAUGAGAUUCCACAGAGGAAAAAUGAUAAUGCCUUUUUUCGGGAGGAUUGGUGGAAUGACCUUCUCCAGGAAAAUAACUAUAAAGAGGUCAACAACAGUGGAAAAAUGGUUUUGCUCCUUGACAUUCUUACAAUGAGCUCCAAUGCUGGAGAUAAAGCAUUGGUUUUUAGCCAGAGCUUAUCAACUCUAAAUUUAAUAGAACAUUAUCUUUCAAAACUACCUCGACAAGGGAAGAAAGUGAAAUGCUGGAGAAAAGGAAAAGACUGGUAUAGGCUAGAUGGAAGAACUGAGGGCUCUGAAAGGCAAAAACUGGUUGAGAGGUUUAAUGAUCCCUCAAAUAAAAGGGUGAAAUGCACUCUGAUAUCAACCAGAGCUGGAUCUUUGGGGAUUAACCUACAUGCUGCUAAUCGUGUUAUUAUAGUUGAUGGUUCUUGGAACCCAACAUAUGAUCUUCAGGCUAUAUAUCGAGUUUGGAGGUAUGGCCAAACAAAGCCUGUUUUUGCUUACCGCUUAAUGGCACAUGGGACAAUGGAGGAAAAGAUUUACAAGCGCCAGGUGACCAAGGAAGGGCUUGCAGCAAGGGUUGUCGAUAGACAACAAGUACACCGGACCAUUUCUAAGGAGGAGAUGUUACAUCUCUUUGAUUUUGGUGACGAUGAAAAUCUUGAUUCUCUGCCUGAGCAUGGAGAAGACAACGGACAUGCAACUAAACAAAGUAUGGCUGGUGAAAUUGGAAAUUAUCUGAAGCAGAAAUUGCAUCUUCCUCCAGGAAGUUUUUUCUCUGACAAGCUAAUGGAAAAUUUAUUGGGCAGUCAUUAUCCAAGAUGGAUUGCAAAUUACCAUGAACAUGAGACCCUGCUGCAAGAGAAUGAAGAGGAGAAGCUAUCAAAAGAGGAACAAGACAUGGCAUGGGAAGUAUAUCGGAGAACUGUAGAGUGGGAGGAAGUGCAGCAGCGAGUCCCGCUUGAUGAAUCUGCACCCGAGUGCAAGCCAGCAGUUCCAAAUGUACCGACUGCUGCCCCAGAGAAGAGCAGACCUUCCCUACCCCGGGGCAGCUUGAGGUAUCGGUUGGUGCAGCGAAAAUGUACAAACCUAUCGCACUUGUUGACUCUUAGGAGCCAGGGCACAAAGGUGGGUAGCAGCACUGUGUGUGGGGAAUGUGCCCGGGAGAUAUGCUGGGAGGACCUGAAUAGAGAUGGCAAAACAGUAAGGUGAAAGUAAGAACAGAAAGCACCCUCAAUUUUGUUAUCAAUUGUGAUUGAUCCUUUUCUGUAAAGGGUUGUGUUGUUGUAAGUAAAACUUUGUUUUGCAAAAUUAGAGAGACUCUUGGACAGCUGCAAGUUCUCCUGCUUGCCUGCAGGAACUAAUUCCUGUAAAUUUAAAAUUUACAAUUAUCUAUAUUUGAAUUUGAAUUUCAUAAUAUAAUGAAAGAUUCAGCAUCUCUUUCGACA